AUGACCGAAUUAACCAUGCUUUAUCCGUCAAUUGUAACAGCACCAUCAGCAUCAACUAUUCCGGUCAAUGUAUCAGGAACAGGAAUUGCUGCAACUCAUAAAUUACAUAAUAGUCAACGAGAUGAUGAAUUACUGGAUGAUGAUGAUGAUAUUGGUUCCGUAUCAUCAGAUGGCGGUCGUUCAUCAGCUACUAGUCAUGCAAUAAGCCUUAGCUCUGGCAAAAUGUCAAUGGAAUCACAUGUAAAACGGCCAAUGAAUGCUUUUAUGGUUUGGUCUAGAGGUCAACGACGAAAAAUGGCACAAGAUAAUCCUAAAAUGCAUAAUAGCGAAAUUAGCAAACGUUUGGGUGCGGAAUGGAAGCAACUUUGUGAUGCAGAAAAAAGGCCGUUUAUAGAUGAAGCAAAACGUUUACGUGCAUUACAUAUGAAAGAACAUCCGGAUUAUAAGUACCGGCCACGGCGAAAACCGAAAAGUGUGACAAAGACAAAAGAAAAAUACCGGUUUACAUUACCAUUUACUGCUUUUCCGGCAACAAAUUUGCUAAGCCAACAAACAAUAUCACGGGCAACACCAUUUUACCCAUCAAUGAAUCCACUUGAUAUGGCAGCUAAGAUUGCCGCUGAUAGUGCGGCAUUAUCAAAAGCUACCGAAUUCCCCUACUAUCCACCAUUUUUUCAUCCUACCACACCAGCCAACACAACAGCUGGCUUAAUGCCUACAUAUAAUCCAUAUGAUUUACAACGAAAUGUAUUAGCUGCAUAUGCAAUGAAAACAAAUGUUAUGGCGCAUGCAGCUGCAGCUGCAGUUGCAGUACAAUCACCUGUAGCAAAUAAUAGCAAUAAUAGUAGCAAUGGCAGUAGUAAUGCAUGUUGUACUACAACAACAGCUUUAACACAAGCUGCAUCAGCCGUAUAA